CUUAAUCCCCUUUUUCUUCACCCUCCUAAUUUCCUCUCCCAAUUUCAUCCAUACGCCAUAAACCAAACAACUCCGAAACAUGUUCUGUUUCGCCGCCGUCAUCGCCGCCUUCUUUCUUCUUCUUCUUCAUUUUCUUUUCAAAUUCUCCGCCCCUGCUCGCCGGAAACUUCCCCUUCCGCCGGGCUCAAUGGGCUGGCCUUACAUGGGUGAAACCCUCCAACUCUACUCUCAAGAUCCCAAUGUCUUCUUCGCCUCAAAGAAGAAGAGAUAUGGUCCUAUUUUCAAGUCCCACAUAUUGGGUUAUCCUUGUGUGAUGGUUUCUAGCCCUGAAGCUGCUAAGUUUGUGUUGGUCACUAAAGCUCACCUCUUUAAGCCUACAUUUCCAGCCAGUAAAGAAAGGAUGUUAGGCAAAAAUGCCAUCUUCUUUCACCGAGGUGACUACCAUGCUAAAUUACGACGCCUCGUUCUUCGAACAUUCAUGCCCGAAGCGAUUCGAAACAUCGUCCCGAGUAUCGAAUCCAUUGCUAAGAACACUGUUCAAUCAUGGGAUGGACAAUUGAUUAAUACCUUCCAAGAAAUGAAGAUGUUUGCAUUCGAGGUUUCUUUACUUUCGAUAUUUGGAAAAGAGGAAGCUCUUUACUUCGAAGACUUGAAGCGGUGCUAUUACACACUUGAAAAAGGGUACAAUUCAAUGCCGAUAAACCUGCCAGGAACACUCUUCCACAAGGCCAUGAAAGCAAGGAAAGAGCUAGCACAUAUUUUAACCAAGAUCCUCUCAACCAGAAGGGAAAUGAAGCGCGAUCACAACGAUCUCCUUGGAUCUUUCAUGGGUGAAAAGGAAGGCCUCACCGAUGAACAGAUCGCCGAUAACGUCAUCGGUCUAAUCUUCGCUGCUCGGGACACGACAGCGAGUGUUCUAACAUGGAUCUUGAAGUAUCUAGGAGAAAACCCAAGUGUUCUUCAAGCUGUCACUGCUGAACAAGAAGCAAUCAUGAAGGAAAAACAGAGUGGAGAUGAUAACCUCACCUGGUCUGACACCAAAAACAUGCCGAUCACUUCAAGGGUGAUUCAAGAAACUCUAAGAGUUGCUUCAGUUCUAUCAUUUACCUUCAGAGAAGCAGUGGAAGAUGUAGAAUUUGACGGCUAUUUGAUUCCAAAAGGAUGGAAAGUUCUUCCUCUUUUCAGAAACAUUCAUCACAGCCCAGAAAAUUUCCCUCAACCUGACAAGUUCGAUCCUUCAAGAUUCGAGGUCCCUCAAAAACCCAAUACCUACAUGCCAUUUGGCAAUGGAACCCACUCUUGUCCAGGAAAUGAACUGGCCAAGCUCGAAAUGCUCGUUCUUCUCCAUCAUUUAACCACCAAGUACAGAUGGAGUGUAGUGGGCGCUCAAGAAGGCAUUCAAUAUGGUCCUUUUGCGCUUCCCCAUAAUGGGCUUCCCAUUAAAAUCUCUCUCAAGAAGUAAAAACAGAAGAACACAGAAACCCAGAAAAGAAAAACAGAUCAAGAGAAGAGAAAACGAAGAUUGUUCCAAAAAUUUGAGUCAAAAAUUCAGAAAAGGUUUCUAAAAAUAGAAACAGAGCAAUGGAAAACUGUUGUCUAAGGUCAAAUCAGAAUCAGUGAGGUAAAGAAGAAUCAAAAACAGAGGAAAUGUGCUCUGCUAUGGUUUUUUGGGCAAAAGGGGACAGUUUCUGACUCGCAAGAGAGUCAUUAUAGAUUGGAUAUACUUUAGAAAAACCCAACGGUCCUGAUUUUUUUGAGUUUUAUUCUUUUUUUAAUUUUACAUGAAAUGAAUGGGGAAAAGUCCUCAACUGUAUUUACUUUUACAUACCAAUUUUGUUGCAACCAAAAAUUGCCACGCAACCCUAAUAUAAGUAUUAUGAUAUAAGUUCUCUUCCUAUUACUC